AUGGCCAGCACAGUAAGAUGCCUCAAAGGACUCGUCGCGAAAAGAAAUGAUGCAGCGAUGAAUUGGCUGCAGGACUCCAUGCAAGCGCUCACGGGUAUACAAGCCAAGGAAAGCGCAAGUAGGAUAAAAACCUGCGAGAGAGACCACAGAAGAGGAGGAGGACCACUUGCACAAGUACAUAGAAAAGACCCAGGCAACAAUAAUGAAACUGCACGAGCGCAGGACACGGCUAGAAGAAACCCAGGAAGAUAA